CAUGAAUUUGGGUGUUUCUACCCUGCGAAUGAUGAUGGAUUUUAUACCAUGGUUGGAGAAGGACCAGGUGCAGGAUAUAACAUAAAUGUUCCUUGGGAGAACACAGGAUGUGGGGAUGCAGACUAUCUUGCUGUUUGGGAUCAUAUCUUGCUCCCUGUUGCUAAGGAAUUUGAUCCUGACAUGAUUAUAGUAUCUGCAGGAUUGGAUGCAGAUCCUUUAUAUAACCUUAAAAAGCCAAUUGAAUUGAGUAGUUUCUGCAAGCAGAUACUCGUGCAAAACUUGUUCAAUACACAAAUUACUCCACAUUUAAUUCUUGAAACAGCUGUUGGUGAUCCUCUUGGUGGUUGCCGAAUCACACCAUAUGGAUAUUCAGUAAUGUUAAAAAAGAUUAGAGCAGUUGAAUGAUGUUUUACUUCAGGAGAAUGUUUCAAGCUAUGAUAUGAGUUCUCCUGUGAUCGACUUGGCUUCUCUUCAGUCUGUUGUCGAUCAAGGGUCUAUCUCUUUGGAAAUUUUUAAGAAGGGUUGGUACCAUAAUGUAGUAUACCUAGGACAGGAGAAAGAUAUUCCGAUUCUCACAAUGAC